AAACCUCAGUAUUUUGGUACUCGUCCUGUUGAUCGGUGCUUAGUUUAGGCGUUCGGUUAAUUUUUUUUUUUUUACAUAUUUUUUAUUUUAUUUCUUAGACCGUUUUUAAUCUUUUUUUUUCAAAAAUGUAUAAGCUCGUCGACACUGAGCUAUACAUAAACAAUUUAAUCAUGUACCUAUGAAUGACUGUGAAUUUUAACAAAUAGGCAUAAUAUAAUAUUAUCAUCGUGCAUAUCUCAAGUUCAUAUUAUUAUAAAACUUAAAAUAAUACACCUACCUACUCUUCGUAAUGGAUAGUUCUGAAUACGAAUCGGUGAGAAAUCAAACCCUGCUGUUUUUCUUUGAAAAACUUUUGGACAAGGGUACUCCGAGAUCGCUGCACGAUCUUAGUUGCCAGUUCGGUUCCAAAGGCUUCACCAAAGAAAUGCGACAAAUCGCCGGAGGUUCGCAGUCGGGUUUGAAAAAAUUCCUAUCGCAACACCCGUCGUUGUUCACAGUGGACGGUGAUCUAGUGGCUGCGUCUCAAAUCGUUGCGCCCGUUCAGACCGACUCCAAUUACAACCACAAGGCGGUCGAUUACUUCAGAGAUAAGUUAUUAAAAUACGGAGUUGGAACCGAAGUUCCUAUUCGAUGUCUUCUCGGCCAUCGUUCUCAGGCUCCGCCAGAAAUUCGACUCAUAUCCGGAUUGCAUAUCAAAGAGUUUAGAGAUUUUUUAAUAAGAUACCCAGAUGUAUUCACCGUCGGAGAAGAUAGCGUCAUACUCACUGAGUAUGCUGGUCUAGAACGAAAAAUGUAUGACGACAGCGAAAAACUAGAAACGAAAAUUGAUCCGGAAGUCACCAAACGCCUUUUAACUUUUUGCGUACAGUGUUUGGAAUGCAAAGGACCUAUGCUUACCGAUCAGUUGUUUCAUAGUAUCUCGUUGCGUUUCACAGAAAAUACAUGGUCGUCAAUAUUUAAAACGCCUACGGAUCUAUUCACAUUCCUGAAAAUGAACCCUGAACAGUUUAAUACGCAAUCAAAUUUGAUUACAUUAGUGAAAAAUAGUCCUAAGCCAGAACCAAAAAUUACUCGAACUCCUAUUGAAGUAGUUCCGUUGACGCCGCCCAUGUCUCCACCGUUACCAAAACCAAUAAAAAACCAAUCGCUGAAACAGCGUAUCAAUAGUUUAGUUAUGAAGACAAUUGCCGAGAACACCGAACGCAAUAAUAGAACAACAAACGGCCAUGACGACGGCGAUGCUUGGAAAGGAAAAAUGGCAAACAGCGUUAAAGCUAUAGUGACAAGCACCAAGGAGUCGUUAAACAUUGUCGAUAAAAUGUUAGCCCAAAAAUCACCCGUCGGUGUAGAUUUUGAAGGCGUGUGUGUUGGAGCCAACGGUCAACUUAGUUUGAUGCAAAUAGUCAACGAAGACGGAACGUGUUUUAUAUUUGAUCUGAUUGCUUGUCCACAAUUGAUUAAAAAUGGAGGACUACAAACAUUGCUCGAAAGCGAAGAAAUUGUUAAAGUGAUCAACGAUUGUCGAAACGAAAGCUUGAACCUGUACAACCAGUUUGGAAUCGCCAUGAAAAACGUGUUCGACACACAGGCCGCCAUCGCCGUGAUCCAAUACCAAGAAACCGGUCAACCCGUGUACAAAGCCAAAAACUGCAGCCUGAACACCAUGUGCGAAAAAUACGGUUUACCCGAAAACCCGACCAAAGAUCAACUUAGAGCCCUCAACAAGAAAGACCAAAGGUAUUGGCUCCGAAGGCCUUUGUCCAGGGACAUGUUGGCUUAUGCCGCCAGCGACGUGCUCGCCCUAAUGCCUCAUUUGUACAAAAAAAUGUCUGCUCAAAUUCAUCCGUCCAAUUCAAAAUUACUCGAAGAACUGUGCGAAGAGCAAGUGUACUUGCUUAUUGUGCCAGACAACGUGCAGAAACGCAAACAUCAGCGAAAAAUCGACAACGAGCUACACGUCUUGAAGGAGAAACUGUCUGCCGAUAACGGGAAAAAUGUCGUUCUCAGCAACAGAGAACUGAGAUUACUUAGGCAUUUGGAAUUGACUGACGAGGACAAAGAGAAACUGAAAGGGUCGUUGAAGGUCGCCAAAAAACUGGAAAAAAUGGAAGGGAAAAAUAUAAAAACCAACGGCGAAGAAUGCGAUUCAAACGAAUUUCUCAGCUUGGACAGUAACAUAAGCGGUAAAUCCACGUCGUCGGACAAUUCUGCUUCAGGCGAAUUCCAGUCUUUGGCAUCCGAACAACCGAGCCUGACGGAAUCCAUGCAGAUGAUGGACGACGUGUUGUCGGACAAGUUGAUGGAUCGUUUGGAGAAAAUCGAACGGUUAGAAUCGCUGUUGACAAUGGCGAUGGACGCGGAACCGGACGACCAAACCUCGAGCCCGGACGCUUCGCCGACGGGCUGCCAGUGUUCGUGCCAUCUGUUCGCCAACGACACCGUCGAAACGUCCACUCAAACCGAUCCGCUGUAGUGCCGUUUGCCCGGCAAACGUUUGUCUUGCAACACACGAGGAACCGCCGAAGAGAGACGGUCGUCGAGGGAUCUAUCCCCCGGGGAUCGACGAUCGAGACGGUGCCGACUUGGCCGUGGCUUUCGACGGGAAUGCCGUGUUUCCACAUAGACACGGUGAGGCGCCUGUAUACGAGUAGUGUAUAUAAUAUAUUUUGGGGGAAAACCCCCCCCCCCAAAAAACAAUAUGUCUAUAUCUAUAAAAAUGAAUUGAUUAACAGGGUCGAGUACACGAUAUCCGUCCGUAAAAAUUAUUAUUUUUAUCAUUAUUAUUAUUAUUAUACCUGCUAUAUAGUGUGAAUAUAUAUAGCGGCGAUUAUAUAAAAUAUAAUAAGCGGAAAUUAACGGCAAUAAUACAAUUAUUUUUUUUUUUAAACCGCAACGCGUAUUAGACUGAGAAAAUCAAUAAAAAAGAUGAUAAUAAUUAUAUUAUUAUUUAGGUGUCAUGUACAAUACCUAAAUAAUUAGCAUCACGUGCCUUAUUUUUAGACUAAUUAUUAGUGUAACUAUUAUUAUUAUUAUAAUUAGAGAUAGGUUUUCAAAACCCUAGUGAAUUUGUUUGCUCAAACAGUAUUAACUGAAAAAACAUAUUAUUUUACACGACAUUCAUCGUGUGUUGUUAUAUUAUUGAAACUUAAUAAUAUAAUAUGUUUUUCUCGUUGUAGUUGUAUUAUCGUAUGUAUACCGACAAUCCGCCCAUAGCUAGUGUGUAUUAUUUUCUGCUAGUCGUGUAACACUAUAUGCGUUUUGUAUAUUAUAAUAAUUAUUAUGUAUUUUAUUUGUCUUCCCUCGUAUGGUGUCACGUUGUAUUUUUUUUCAUCUUUGCGGCGGACUGUUAUAGCAAUCAAUAGUAUUAUAAACACAAAAAUAAUAUAGUAUUUUUUUAUAUAUAACAUUAUUACACCAACGUUAACGUUUUGUAUUGUAAAUUAUAUUGUACAUUUUUUCGGUAUAAACGCAAAAAAAAACCGUCAUAUUAUUAUCGUAACUUGUGAUUUAUUUUAACAGAUAUAAUUGUUACAUGCUAUUAU